AUGAUUGCCCCUCGAUUCACAGUUGUUCGUCCUCUGGAAGGGUUCCGUACGAUUGGCACUGGGAUAUAUCUUCGGGAUAUCCACGAACAAUGUCAGGAUACUAAAUCUCCAAACGUCGUUUUGAUAUUCGGAUGGCGUAAAUUUCUAAUGGGAGCAAAUCCCAGGCAUUUGCGGAAUUAUACCAGUGCAUAUGCCAAAUUAUACCCAAAAGCGUCUCAGAUCAUCGUUCAGUGCAACCGCGACUUGUUCUGGACUACAAGCAGUGCUAGGAACUGUCAUCCGGAACCCAAUUGCCAGACGCAUCGUACUCCCAAUCGUACACACGAUACAUUCUAUCCGCUUCGGACUCUCUUUGCUGUUCGAAAACCUCCGAAUCGAAAUGUGGAAUCCCCGCAUCUUGCCAUGAUGGGCCUCCACACACCCCGCCUCUACCUUUUUUCGCGCGAGGAUAAUUUGGUUUCGUGUCAAGAGGUCACACGACAUGCUGGGACUGCGAAGGAGCGCGGAAUGGACGUGCGUUGCGAGCUAUUUGAAGAGAGCGCACAUGUAGUGCACCUCCUGGUCGAGCCAGAGAGGUAUUGGUCUUCAGUGCAGGAGGUUUAG